CGAGGCGUGACGCAGACUUGGUUGGUACGCUUGCCUGAACCCGCCAACUCACUUUUAUAAUAAUAGCGCAUGUGAGGUUACAGUGAACAGUAUUAACUGAUGUCAUUUUCAAAAUAACCUCUUAAACCGUAUGUUCAGUGAUAUUCCUAUUGAUUUAAGGCGGAACCGAUGUAUGUAAAGUUGGAGUGAAGUGUUGGCUCAUAUUUAAGUGGGCUUUUCCGUAUCGUAUUAGUUAAAAUUGUGAAAAUAACUAUAAGCUGCUUAAUAUGAUGAUGUGACUGUUACUUUUGAACGUUAAUUGUUGGAAGGAUAUAUUCUGAUAAAACAAAGAGUAUAAUUAUUUUAAAUCAUUAGAGAAGGCUAGUUGUAACAAUUGUUCAAAACAAUGGAUUUCAAAAAUCUGUGGAUCUUUAUUCUGUUGAUAAUUUUGAAAGAAGGAUCAAAUGCCGCCGAUGAUUCCUCCUCGGAAGAGGAAAUUAUAUGCGCGGAACCAUGGACGCGCAUCCACCGCUCAUGCAUCUUCAACAACAGCACCUUGACGAGCCAAAAGGAAUCAGCCGCCAUGUGCGACUCCAUGGGCGGGUACCUGCUUGUGAUCAGUAACGUUGCAGAACGACAAGGUGUGGUAAAUGAAAUCAAGAGGUUAGUCAACACGUAUAGGUCAACCGAUUACCUAAACUGGUGGGUGGGGCUAAAGUUUGGUGGCGAGCCCGCACAGUGGAGCUGGUUUAGUGAGGAAGAGUUCAACACUAAACUAACUGAUUGGGCUCCGGCACAAUCAGGAGCCCCGGCAGACUGUGCUAUGUUCGACUACCAGGGGUAUCUCCUUGAAGAAGACUGUGAGUUGCAGCACCCGUUCAUCUGUGAACAAAACCGUACUGCUUUAACAACCACAACGGCCGCCACAACUUCAACUACUACAGUGGCACCAGUCACCACCACUGGGGAGAUGGUAACGGAACAAGAAUCCACUUCCGGUGAACCAGAAAUCUCAACAGAGCGGACCGGGCAGCCGACUACUCAGCAUACGACACCCGAUGUCGGUCCAAACCAGACGACGCGUAACCACACGGAUGAACCGACGGAACUUCCGGACGUCAGCAACCAGACUAGCGGUACACCGCGACCCGACGGCGACACCAGCAGCACACAGGAUCCUGGUGUUUCGACUACAGGUCAACCGGAUGUGACGGAUCCAGCUAAUCAGGGGACGACUACCGAUGGUCAAGGAGACUCAGGCUCAGAGUCGACGCCUAAACCGGAUGUUCCCAGUGGCGGAACCCGACCAUCGAAUAACGUGACCGGAAAUCCGAAUCCUACAAACAGACCGACGCAAAACCCGAACAUCACAACGGAUAACUCUAGUCAACCCACUGAUCGCACAGACAACCCAGAUGUACCGACAGGCAGGACGCAGAAUCCAAAUAGGCCAACAGACAGAACCCCAAAUCCAAACAAGCCGACGGACCGACCACCGAACACCAACAAGCCUACCAGCAAAACCAGCCCGCCAACGCCGACGACACCGUCUGCAGAGAGAGAAAGAGAAAUUGAAUUGGAAAAGUUUAAGGACUGUUACGCUGUGAACUACGAGAGCACGUGCCCGCCCGUGCAGGCGUUCGGGAUCUCGUGGCCGCGCUCCAACCCCGGACCAGUGCAGGUUCAGUGUGAACACGGAAAUGCAAUGUGGCACUGUUCUAGGAACCCAGUUGUGUGCUGGCGAAGAGAGCCUAAUGUUCAACAGUGUACUUCACCGGCUGUCCAGAAUCUUACCAGACAGAGUGAGGCGUUUCUGGAGGACCCUGGUAAUGCGGAGGCGGCACUAGCGUUCACCGGAAGUUUGGCGGCCGCGAGCGAAACCCCGGCCAUGUCGGAGCAGGAUCUCUACCAAACAACCGUCCUCUUGGAGACGGCCGGUCGCGCCAGGCCCAACAACGCCUCACAGGCCAAAACCAUCAUAAAGGACGUCCUCAAGUGUGGAAGCGGUCUUGUCGCCAAUGACAAGAAGAGCACGUGGGCGGGAAUGGAGCCGGCGUCACAACGAAUCGUUGCCGCCUCCCUCAUGCGUUCCGUCGAGAACGUGACGUUAGCGAUGGCGGAAACGUUCACGGAACCCGGGGUUCAGACGAUUGAGGACGAGAACAUAGCGGCUGAAGUACACGUGUUGUCAAUGGCGAACACGCUUCCAGGGGAGGGAAAUGUGAAGUUUCAACGAGAAGACAACUCUUUCUACAUACCUGAGGAAAAUUUAUUAGCUCAUAGCUCAGGCGGCGUUUCGCGGGCGGUAUUCCUUGAAUAUCGAACAUUUGGCGGUCUGUUGGAACCCGACCCGUCAGCGGAUGUGACGUCAGAGCGUCGUGUGGCCAGCCGCGUGUUGAGCGCUACCCUUGGAGGAACUGAAGGCCAGGUGCAGCUGACAGAGCCGGUUAUAAUAGCCUUCAAAACGGAAAAGGUGGACGGGGUUGAGCGAUACCAACACAAAUGUUCGUUCUGGAACUAUAGCCUUGGUUUCUCGGGCUCCUGGUCCCAGAAGGGCUGUGCCCUGGACAAAACUAACGAUACCCACACGUUGUGUCGCUGUGACCACCUCACCAGUUUCGCCGUUCUCAUGGACAUCCAUAAAACAGAGAUCAAGGGUGUUCAUGCGAUGGUCCUGUCAUACAUCACAUACGCCGGGAUAAUCAUCUCUGCCGUCUGCUGUUUCUUCAGCUGGCUCACUUUUGUCUGUCUCAGCUGCCGCUGCAUCAAAGGACAUCGUAGCAGCGCCGAUGAGCGGGGUAACAGUGGCGGUAGUAACUAUGCAGGCUCCGCCUCUCGAUCCGUUCAUGGGGAGCGGAACUCAAUCCACAAACAUCUCGUGUUCACAAUAUUCGUGGCUGAAAUCCUCUUCCUUGCUGGUAUACAGAGGACGGAUGAUAAGAUCGCGUGUGCGGUGAUCGCGGGCGUGCUGCACUUCUUCUUCACAUCAAGCUUCUUCUGGAUGUUUUUAGAGGGUAUCCACAUCCUCUUCAUGCUCGUCCAGGUGUUUGAUGCCGCCAGGUCAAGGGUCAAAUACUACUACCUCGUCGGAUAUGGAUUUCCACUUUUAAUUGUUGGAAUAUCUGCUCUUGUUUAUCAUGAUGGAUACGGAACUGAAAAAUAUUGCUGGUUGACUUCAGACAGAAUGUUUUUAUGGAGCUUCGCUGGUCCUGUAGCAUUUAUAUUACUGGUGAACCUGUUGAUAUUGAUUUACGCCAUGACAGCUGUGUGUAAACAUUCAGAGUAUGUUUUCACGAAGGACAAGUCUCCGACAGGAAACAUAAGGGCAUGGAUCCAAGGAGCCCUGGCACUUGAAGUGCUGCUGGGCCUCACGUGGGUGUUUGGCUUUUUCUACAUCAGCGAGGAGGCUCUUCCAUUCGCAUACCUCUUCACCAUUUUCAACUCCCUCCAGGGCCUCUUCAUUUUCGUAUUCCACUGUGUACUCAAUAAAAAGAUCCGCAAGGAGUACGCACGGUUUAUUGACUAUCAGCGGCGGCCGUCAUCCAGCGGCACUCACUCCUCCAAGGCGAACGCUUCCGGUCACUCCAACGGCCUCCAGCUCCACCGUCGCUCAGAGCCGGGUUUCUAUGACCUCUCUAAGACCGCCAACGGCACGGACCGCCGCACGUCCACUGAUGCCUGAACAUCCAGAUCGUGAUAUCACGAGGACCAAACUACUUGAUGCUUAUACUCGCAACGUGCGUGAUAAUGACACGUGUUAUAUGUUGGUGAAAAUCAGGCAUGUAUGCAUUUGCGCUAUAAGACAUCAUGUGUGUCUCGUGCACUAACUGUGUCCGUGGAUUAAAAGUGACAGCCGAUUAAUUCGGUGAUACGAGGAUCCAGAUGAGUUCCAAGCCUCGGACAAAUUAUUCUAAAAACAAAAUAAUCCACUGAACAUUUGUACGAAACUUUAUAUAUAUAUAGGCCAAGCCUAUUAGGAUGUAUUAUUUAAUAGACUAGAGCUCAAUACCGGUGUCUCUCUUUUUAAUGUGGUUGUCACAUUUGUGUGGACCAAACCUCGGAAUACCAAGAAAGCACUGCUACACUAGUGUUGGGGCAAGGUGCUUAAAAAUAUUGUUAUGUAACGGAACAACAUCAGCUCUUCUUUGGAUAAUAGCAGAGAGUUCCGAUUGCUAAUGUAGUACCGUUACAAAGCGCUGUUUUUAAAGCUACUCGCAUAAGGUCCCAUUUUCUCGAAAGUUCAUAAGCAUUAAAAGCUUUAGUAGCUUAUUUCAUUAAACAAACUUUCUUUAACCAAAUAAAAAUGUAAUUUUUCUCGAAUAUAAAUAUUACACACUCAUUUCUUAAAGAAAAUAGUGGGCUUAGCUAGGUAUGUAGGACUUUAGAUGUUAUUUUGGGGCCAGAUGUUAUUUUUUUGUAUGUAGCAAUAUUUUGAAACUCAGAAGGCAUGUAUUUGUGUUCAGUUUAGAAUAAGCCAUAAUUUUUUAUUAUAAUUCGUUUUCAAUAGAUACGCUGUUUGUUAUUGUGUAUUGUUGAAGGGGCUGUGAAUUUCCAAAACAUCACAUUAUUUACCGAAACUGUGUGGUCAACAGACUAGUAACUUUGCAGCAUAACGGUAUUGAUUUUAGGUUCAUAAAGUAUGCUAUAUAGCUAGUACAUUGUUUAUAUUCAUAGUAAGGAUUUCAGGUUAUAUCUAUAAAUAUGGAUCCAUUUUUGCAUAAUACUCACAGGAUUUUGUCUGUAAAUGUGUUUUUCACAAUUGAAUCAUUUACAUUUACUAUUGAAUGUAAGUUUAUAUAUUGUCGGUGCUUCUUAUUUAAUGUGUAUAUAUGUCCAACCCUCUUGCCUCAAAUGAUCUAUACGAAACCGCAGAUUUUACAGAUCAAUUUAAAACGAAAGCAAACUCAAAUACAUAAAAUCUCAUUAUUGUUCACUUACGAAAUUGAAUUAAAAGUAAUAAAAUAUAGGAUGGCAUUCUACCUGUUUUCGUUCAACUCACAGUAUCCGCUAUUAUUACAUAUUAAUAUGAAAUAAGCAAUAAGCUCCGCUUCAUAACAAAUACAAGCAUGUCAUUGACUCAUUCGAAAUUUUCAAAAAUGUUAAAAGAUCUGCGACUGAUCUGCGACCCUUUCGUGAAGAAUCCUGAGAGUGACUUUAAACCUAGGAGCAAAUUUUUACCCAUGAGAUAUUUUAAAUAUUGGAGUUAUUGUAAAUCUAGUUGGAAUGUUGCAACUCAGAGCGAUGCUGUCCCUUAAAAUAAUAAAAUUUACCAAAGAUCAAUUUUGUAUCUAGGAGCGAUUUUGUAAGCAGAAAACAUUCUUUCUGUGAGUAACUUUGCACCUAGAGGUGAUUUGCUAUUUAGAAAAGUUUUUUACAGUACGCUAAUCUUGUUAAAUGUCCCUCCUAAUAUACGAUAUAGCUCUAAGGUUUCUUCAUGAAAAGAAUCUUUGAUAUAUUAUAUUUUAUACCGAGGUUGAACUCAUAUAAAUUCUGUGAUAUCACCCAGUGUAAAGUCAUUUAAGCAAAUUUUUGUUUGAAACUGAUCUUUAAGUAUUUCCUUCUAUCUGUAUAAACAUGCUUCAAAUGCAAUAAAAUCUGUAAAGACAA